AUGCCAGAUACCCCAAGUGGCACUCGUAUUAGAUCUACGCAAAGACCUCCCCGAUCAUGCAAAACUUGUGCCCGGCGCAGAGUGCGUUGCGAUAAGAAGAUACCGUGCCAUGGAUGCGUAUCUCGCGGCUUGGAGCUCAGCUGCGAGCGAGAGACUGUUUUCGUAAAGGGGAAGUUAUUGGCAUCUCGGGUGCAAGCACCGCCGACGUACCAGGAUCUGCUUGAGGAGAAUCGGCGUCUGAAAGCUGAGAUAGCAGGGUGGACUGUGGAUGUCCCAUCACUAACAAGUACGGAGGAUGGAGUGUAUGGCGAGGCUCUGAACAUUACAGAAAGUUUUGAGAGGGAGCUUUUCGAGGCUGUUGGUGGGACGAGUCGUGCUCCGACUGUCUUUAGUGAGGAUCAGAUUCAAUGGCCUUCGGCUACGUGUGUAAAGAAUCUCUUGGUUUACGGAAGGACGUGGACUUCUUGGAUGCAUUGUGCAUUGCAUCAUCCGACCUUUGAGGCAGAAUGCCACGAGUUCUUAGAAGAGUCUGGAUUUGGCAAAACCCCCGAUCCGUUCUGGCUUGCGGUUUAUUUUAGUUUUCUCAGUGUGAGUAUUGCCUCGCUGUUCACAAUCUGGGAUCUUUUCGGUUGA